UGGGUUACGCCCCUCCCAUAGGCCGGCGCCGAGCGGGUAAAGGCUGCACAACCAAAUUCACCGAGAAUCCGGUAUUCCUCCUAAAAACCGUAAGGUCGCCGGGGUUGAUGCAAGGCUCCAAACCUGUCCAGGAGCUCCCGCCCGCGCCAGGACCCGAGUUGCAAACCCGCGCGCCGCCGCCCAUCAUGAGCGGCCCCUUGCGGCAGGGCUCUAGCGUCUGGCGGCGGGCGGCCACCGUAGUGCUGGCUGCCGGCUGGACGCGCCCGGGUGCCGCCGCCCGGUCACUGCCCCCGCCGCCUUCCGAAGGCUUCCGGCUGCUGCUGCUGCAGCGCUCCCCGAACCAAGGCUUUAUGCCCGGUGCGCACGUCUUCCCGGGCGGCGUGCUGGACGCGGCAGAUCGCUCUGCGGACUGGCUGCACCUCUUCACCGAGCACCAAGGGCAGCCGCGCUUCGGCUUGGGCCCAGCGCCGCCCCGGAGAGCCUCUUUCCCCGUGCUGCCCGACGCCGCCGACGGACACGCCGGGGCACUGCCAGAUGACGUCGCCAUGCGCAUCUGCGCCAUCCGCGAGACCUUCGAGGAGGCGGGGGUGCUGCUGCUGCGGCCCAGGGGCUCCCUGCAGGGCUCCGAGCCCCCAGGUCCGGCUUGGGAGCCCGGCCUUGCCCUGGCCCCGCCGCAGGGCCUGGAUGCCUGGCGCGCGCGUGUCCGCCGCGACCCGCGCCACUUCCUGCGCCUGUGCGAGCACCUGGACUGCACUCCCGACAUCUGGGCGCUGCACGACUGGAGCGCCUGGCUCACGCCGUUCGUGCGCGGUGGCAGUCGGCGCUUCGACACGGCAUUCUUCCUGUGCUGCCUGCGCGAGCCGCCGCCGGUCUAUCCCGACCUGUCGGAGGUGGUGGGCUGCCAGUGGUCAUCUCCAUCAGAGGCAACUAAAAGUUUCAUAUCAAAAGAAAUUUGGCUGGCGCCCCCACAGUUCUACGAAGUAAGACGACUUAAAAACUUUGCCUCUCUGUCUGACCUGCACAAAUUUUGUUUGGAUCGUGCCUUAGAAGAGGCUGAACGGUGGCUGCCAAUUACAUAUUUAACUGCUGAUGGAAUGCUCCAGCUUUUACCUGGAGAUGAGCUGUACCUAGAAGAUUCAGACUAUGUAGAAAAGUCUUUGUCUACUGAAAAAACAACUAAAGAAAUCAUGAAGGAAGGCAAGAAAUUUCACCGAAUAGUGAUACACAAUCGCCAUCUUUAUGAGGUCCAUGUGACUGUUCAGUCAAAGUGUAAACAUGUUUAUCCUAAGAACUACAUAAUAAGUAAGAGCCAUUUGUAGGGAGCUACUUCUUUCUAACUAAACUAUUUCAGUUGUGGGAAUGAUUAAGAGGGUUGACUAAACUUGUUUGAAAAUUAUAUAACUUGGUGCCUGUGCAAGCUAUCAUGGAGUGUUUCUUCUUUUAAGUGUGUUGUGGAGCUCUCUUGCUUAUUUUAUUCUUUUAAUCAUUCAGUAUGCAGUGAGUAUAAAAAUUGAUGUUACCAAAAUGAGAAAAAAAAAGUCACAAGGGGGCCUACUUCUAUAUUGUUUUAUUAGCCUAAAAGUUUAAAUAAGAUGUUCUAUUGCCAUUGUUUCAAUUGUCCCACAUAUUAGCAUUUUUCCUGAUGUGCUUUGGAAGUUGAACCAUGAAUUUCUUAGACUUUCUGCUGAAAUUAAUUUAAGAGUGCCUGACUGGAUGGCAAACACUAGACAGAGACACCCUUCAAGUGAUAAUGCCAUUGUUUUCUUGCUAUUGUCUUUAGCUUGAUUACUAAGAUCCAAUUCUGUUUAAAACCAAGUGGCAUUAGUAAAUAUAUUAUGUUUUCCAAAUUGGAAAUCUAUUUUAGUUAAUAUUUUAAAGAAAUAUGAAGCCAUACAAACCUAUCAACUUUUAUGUUAUUAAGUGCUGGUUAAUAAAUACAAAGAGUUCAGAGAGAAUGUUAAAUUAGGUUUAUUUUCAGUAUGAUUAAUAUGGAUAGUGUUUUCACCUCCUUUAAAGAGGUAUAAUUUUUUUUGCUGAUUAAAGGUGGGAAUUAAUAGUUAAAAACACCAAUUCUUUUUCAUUAUAUUUGACUAUAUUAUGCAUAACACAAUGGAUUUCUUAUUUCAUGAAAUUUCUUAGUUUUUCUAACAACCAAAUAAAGGCAAUCAUAAAACUUA